UCGCUUCAAUCCUAAUGCCUUAGUGUAUAUAUAUUGCUAGUAAUCUCAUUGUUCAAUAUACAAUUGCAUAGUCUAGAAAGCUUCUUCUUCUCUCUCAUUUUCUCUCUCAAAAUGGCUUCAUCUCCUCUUUAUUUUCUUUUGGUAUUCUUUUUUGUUAGCAGCGUAGAUUUUUUUGCUUGGACAACCGAUGCAACUACUCUUGAUGGAUAUCUUCCAAAUGGAAACUUUGAAGAGGGACCAAAGCCAACAAACAUAAAGAAGACGGUAAUCAAAGGGAAACACUCUCUCCCAAAGUGGGUGAAAAAGGGCAUGGUCGAGUAUGUAUCAGGUGGGCCUCAACCAGGUGGCUUCUUUUUUGUAGUGCCACGUGGCGUCCAUGCUGUAAGACUAGGGAAUGAGGCAUCUGUAUCUCAAUACGUGAGAGUUAAGAAAGGGUUAUAUUACUCUCUUACCUUCAGUGCAACAAGGACUUGUGCCCUAGAAGAAGUUUUAAGGGUUUCAGCUUCUAAAAUCUCCACAGAUUUACCCAUUCAAACAUUGUAUAGUAGCAAUGGAGGAGACACUUAUGCUUGGGCUUUUCAAGCUAUGUCUAACAUUGUUAAGGUCACUUUUCACAACCCUGGUACAGAAGAAGACCCUACUUGUGGGCCUCUCUUGGACGAUGUUGCAAUAAAAGAGAUGAUGCCACUCCUUAAACCCAUUGGAAAUAUAGUAAAAAAUGGAGACUUUGAAAUCGGUCCACAUGUAUUCAAGAAUUUCUCAACAGGAGUCCUUCUCCUUCCACAUUCCCAUGAUGUCAUCUCUCCACUUCCUGGCUGGAUUAUUGAAUCACUGAAACCUGUCAAAUAUAUUGACUCAACACACUUCUUUGUGCCCUCAGGAUCCUUUGCUAUUGAAUUAGUAGGAGGAAGAGAAAGUGCUAUAGCUCAAAUCAUAAGAACAAUACCAGACAAAUUCUACCUUCUCACCUUCAAAGUUGGAGAUGCCAAAAAUGGAUGCCAUGGAUCAAUGUUAGUGGAAGCAUUCGCGGCCGAAGAAAAUACUAAAGUUAGCUAUGAUUCUCAAGGAAAGGGUGGUUUCACUUCUACAAGUCUCAAGUUCCAAGCUAUCUCAACUAGAACUAGAUUAACAUUUUGGAGUUCGUUUUAUCAUACUAAAUUUGAUGAUCUUAGCCACAUGUGUGGUCCAGUCUUGGAUGAUAUCAGGGUUGUACCUCUUCAUUAAUUCAAAGAGAAGAAAAGAUUAUUAUAUAUGUUGAAUAAUGAUUCAAGAUUAUUGUAGAUGUAAGAUUUCUAUGAGAAAUUCGAGCAACUAAAUUGUGUGUAGAUUAAA